UAUUUUACUGCUGGUGUGUAUCUGUUCAGAAGCUGGCAGCUUAAACACACAAGUAAUGGGCGGAAAUUUUGGUAAUGCAAAUAUCAUGCAAAUUUGAGCAGAUCUGUAGUUGGCUGUUGCUUCUACGUGCAGUGCUUGGAGAGGAGCCGCGUGCGUGGCUACGCGCCGCGUUGCUGUAAGAGAUGCCCGUCGGCCGCCUGCGAGCCUGAGCCCUGCCCCGCUUUCCCGGCGCGCGUCCCCGAAUCGCAGCAAACGAGAGCAGCUUACGGAUUCCCCGGCGCCAGCAAGCGCGGCUGGAGAAAGCCGAGUUAUUUGGGCUUUUCCUGGGGCUCGUGGCGCCGUGUCACCUGCGGCGUGACCACUCCCCCGGCCUCGCAGCGCUGCCUCCCACCGCGCCUCCGGAGCGGAGCCCGCAGGCGCCCGAGCGGCCGGACCGGAACGCUUUUCCUGGGAUGCUAAGCAAAUAAAAGCAGAAACCGAGCGGCGCGGCUCAUCUGCUUGCCUUUCCACUGCGCAGCCCCGGCCGCAGCCAUGCAGGCGGAAGCAGACUGCUGGAGCCCCCGAGCACAGAAGCUGGCUGAAGCAAGGCUCGCAGCAAAGCGAGCGGCUCGGGCGGAGGCACGGGAGAUCCGAAUGAAAGAACUGGAGAGACAGCAGAAAGAGAUCUAUCAAGUUCAGAAGAAAUAUUAUGGUCUGGAUACUAAAUGGGGCGACAUCGAGCAAUGGAUGGAAGACAGUGAGCGUUAUUCCCGUAGAGCCCGAAGAAAUGCCUCGGCUUCGGAUGAAGAUGAGCGCAUGUCUGUGGGUAGCCGUGGAAGCCUGAGGUCUCACCUGGAAUACGCCAGCGCCUAUCCAGUGGCUGGAUUAGAGAAUGAGAGGACCAAAAGGAAGAGCUACUCCAAAGCAACCAAUGGUUACGAGGAAGACGUGUAUGGAUCAUCCCAGAGUAGAAAAUCUAGCAGGGCUUCGUAUUACUCUGAUCUUGGUCUGCACAACAGUGGCUAUGCUUCCACGUCUCAACCUUCUUCCCAAAAUGGAAAUUGGCCCUCCUUGCUGUACAGCGAUGCCCUGCCAGCCAGAAGUUACAGGGCAUCCGGGUAUGACGAGAGCGUUUACAGUGGGAGUCGUCGGUGUAGUGCCUCUAGUUCUCGUGCCCCUUCAGAGUACAGCUGCUACCUCGGCUCAGGAUCCCGGGCGUCUUCAAGAGCCAGCUCUGCUCGGGCCAGUCCAGUGAUUGAGGAAAGGCCAGAAAAAGACUUUGAGAAGGGAGUUCGUACUGCCUCGAGUUUAUCAGCAGCUACCCUAGCUUCACUAGGUGGGACUUCUUCGCGGAGAGGCAGUGGGGACACCUCCAUCUCAGCUGAUACAGAGGCAUCAAUUAGAGAAAUAAAGGAUAUCUAUGAGUUAAAGGACCAGAUUCAGGAUGUAGAAGGCAAAUACAUGCAGGGCCUGAAAGAAUUGAAGGACUCGCUGGCAGAAGUUGAAGAGAAAUAUAAAAAGGCCAUGGUGUCAAACGCGCAGCUAGACAACGAGAAAACUAACUUCAUGUACCAAGUAGACACCCUGAAGGAUGCGCUGCUAGAGCUGGAAGAGCAGCUGGCGGAAUCCAGGAGGCAGUAUGAAGAAAAAAGCAAAGAAUUUGAGAGGGAAAAGCACGCUCAUAGCAUAUUGCAGUUUCAGUUCAAGGAAAUGAAAGAAGCUUUGAAGCAAAGAGAGGAAAUGCUUGCAGAAAUCCAACAGCUGCAACAGAAACAGCAGAGCUAUGUCAGGGAAAUUUCUGAUCUUCAGGAGACAAUAGAGUGGAAAGACAAAAAAAUAGGGGCUUUAGAGAGGCAGAAAGAUUUCUUUGAUUCCAUAAGGAGUGAGCGGGAUGACCUUAGAGAUGAAGUGGUUGUGCUGAAGGAGCAACUGAAGAAACAUGGAAUAAUCCCAGACUCUGAAGUAGCCACCAAUGGGGAGACAUCAGAUAUCCUUGAUAAUGAAGGACACUUGGAUUCUUCCAAAACUGUUCAAGGCACAGCUCGGGCACUGAAGACAACAGGGGAUGGGACAUUAGGCAAAGCCAAUGAAGUGGACAUGAAAAAUGAGAUUUUGGAGGAUGUGGGGAAAAGAGAAAUCUUGCAGAAUACUGUGCAGGAGGAACACAAAGAGGAGUCUGAGGAGCAGGAAAGAAAGACAUUGCAUGCUGAUGAAAAUGCAAAGGCAGAAAAAAACAUUGAAGAAAAUGAUGCCAUGCCAACAGUGAUGUUAACAAAUGGUAGGCUUACAGAACAAAUUCAAAGCGAUCCAGAACAUGUAUCAGGGAAUGUUUCUUCAAAUAAUGACAGUGAUGCAGAUGAUCUGGGAAGGGAAACAGAAUCAACAGGUAUUAGCAUAGAAUACCAACAGCCUGUUAGUAAGGAAGCUGAACACAGUGACUUAAAUCAAAGGAUAAAUCAGAAUUCAGAUGUGGGCUUGCUGCAAGGUCAGGUUUUUGAGACUCCUCAGGAAAUGCCUAGUGACUUAGGUACAGACCAUAAAUUAGAAAAAGCUGCAGCAGAACAGAAAGGAGAGGAUUUGAAAGCUAGCGAUGUGGUGGGUGGUAGUGAAAUGUAUCAGAAAGUUGACACCAGGAGUAGCAGCAGUGAGCUGGUUUCUGAUCAGUCAGGGCCUCCAGAGGUUGCAGUAGCAGGCUCGUUUAGCGAAGAGCCAAGUACGGAGAGUCACACUGAGAGACUCCAGCACUCAGAAGAAAGCACUGAAGAGAAAGUUGUGAAUGUCUUGGAGAGAGAGCUGGUUGGAGGCGAAGAGUGUACGGAUAGGAGAAUCGAUGAAAGAGGAAGUGGUGGAGCUGAAGAAGAAAAUGAGAUUGGGAGCGCAGUUCAGGAUCAGACAAGGAAAACAGACUCUGCAGAUAUGGAGGGGAAGGAGUCACGUGAAAGUGGUGCCCCAGCAGCUGUGAGCGAAAAGGAAGAUGGAGUUGCUCAGACACAAAUUCAACCAAUUUCUUCAGAGGCUGGUCACACAGUAUCAUUAGAGGAACAAAAAAUGCAAGAUAGAACAGAACGUGAAGAGGUUAUGACUGAGAAGGACAGACCGAAGGAAGUAUUGAUGGACAUAUUGGAAGCAUGUUCAGAUUCUGCAGGAAGAGGCAAGCGAGAGAAUGCAUCAGCAGAGUCUGUAGACUGUAUUGCUGAGGGAGAAGGAAGUGUACUGCAGCACGCGGAGCCAGGCAAGGACAUCAUGAAAGAAACGGUAAGUCAGGAAAGCAGGUCAGACCCGGGUCUUUCAGACUGCAACGUUCAGGAAGCAGAAGUGGAAAUACAGGAUGAGUCUAGGAAAAGAAAGGAAAGUAAAACUGAAUGGGUAGAAGAUUUAAAACCAAACAUAGAAAUUCAAACAACUCAGUGUAGUCAAGAAACAUCUGAUACAGUGGGAGAGAAAAAUAUUUCUAUAGAAGCUGAAGUUCAGAAAGGAGUUAAACAAGAGGACGCUGAAUCUAGACAGGAGUCAACUGAAGGUCUUAGUGUUACUGCAGAGAACGAAGUUGAUGAAGAAGCAUUGAAAGAAACGGAGAAACAGCUGGAGCUUACAGACCACCAUUGCGAUGGAUUUGCUUCUGAGGCAGAUGCAGAUAAUUCUUUGCAGGAAACUACAAAACCAUCAGAGCACUUUGUUCAAGGCAACACAGAAUCCAAAGAACAAAACCCAGAGCUAGAAAAUGUAUGUGAGUGUACAAAGAAAGACAAAGAUAAAAAUCAGAAGGUUCAAGGGAUUGAAGAGGAUAAAAAUCAAGGAAUAGAAGAGCAAGGUGAGGCAAAGGAAGCUUUAGCAGAGGAAAAGGUGGACUCUCUUGCACAGAAAGCUGAGCUGGGUGCAAAUGUUAGUGAACAAGUUAAAUUGGAGAGUCAAGCAGAGGAGGGUGUGAAAAAUGAUGGCGAUGCGUUUGACUUUGAGGAACCAAAACAGAUACUGGAAACUGAUGAAAAAUGUGAUGGAGAGAGAGCUGAUAUCCAGAAAGGAGAAGCACACGGUGUGAUCGGGGAAGUUGCCCCAAAUGAAGAAACUGGGGAAGGCAGAGGCAAUGUAGAAACUGAAGAUGACAGCCUACAGCAUGAAAAAGAGAGUGAGAUGGAAGAAACAAGGUAUUUGCAAGGGAAAACAUCUUCACAGAAAACUGAGGAGAAGGCUGAUGCACUGGAAGACAGGAGCAAAGCAUCAGACUCUAACAAUCUGAAAAAAAUGCCAGAUGAAAAUGUUUUGGAAGAGGAUUUGGAAAGCACUGGCAAUAACAGAGAGGAAAGCAAAGAGGAUUUGCAAAGUGGUAGGAGGGGUAAGGGUAAGUCUAAAGAAGACUGCACAAUAUCGUGAGUUGAGAAUCUCAGGCUAAGUUAGCUCUGUGCCAUUUGUUCGGUUGCGGGACAGAAGCAUGCACUUUGCACAAGAAAUCAGCCUUUAGGAAUAGUUCACAUAAUAAAUGUCAGGUUCCAUAAGUGGUAAUGAUGCAUGUUUUAAGUUAUUUACUGCCAUACCUAGCCACCAGAAAAUCACACAUGUAGGCUUGGGUUUGCUCUCUUAGAUGAAAAGCUUUAUCAACAAGAGAGCAAGCUUCACAAAUGAAUUAUUCACACUGUCUUGCAAUUAAAGUACUCUUGGUGUGGAUAACUUCUACUGAAAAACUUUUAUAUGAAACUCUUACUUUCUGACCUAGAAUAAAGAUAGAUGUCUUGAAUGUACUUAUGUACAUUAGAUCUACAGUAAGUACAGUAAUACUUCAUCAAGGAACUCGGAACUGUUGUAACACUGUGAUCUAAUGUGGAAACUUGUUUGUGAUUGAUUAAAGCUUAGGAACCAAAUUUUUUACUAUGCAAAAAGAUAAUCUCAUUCCAUUUUGUGUUAUAUUUCUGAUACAAACGUGUUCCAAAAUGCAGUAUACCAGAUGAGCUGCCAAAACAUAGUUAGGUCACUGUUAGGAAUCUUGCUUAGUCUGCACACUUUGAAGGAACAGUAUACAAUUUGGAGAAAUUGUAACAUACAGGUCUUAGUCUGCUGAAAGGAAUAAAUAUAUAUGUUUACUUAAUUUAGGCACUUUGCACCGCAGUAAGCCUUUAACACCAUGUCUCACAUGGUGGGCUGCUUUUAUUUUUUCUUUUUUUUUUUUUCUUUUUUUCCCCUUUAAGUGUCAAUACGCACUGUGAUGUGUGCUUAGGUUUGCUAUCAAGUACUGUCUAGCUAUGAACAUAUAAAAUAUCUGUUUUUUCUGGAAGAUUUUAUUUUAUUUCUGUACUGCAUUAUAUUUUUUGCAAAACAUGAUUUUGAAAGAUUUUUUUUUUUAAUCUCUGAAAAACUAUUUCUUCUUCCUUUUUGGGAAAGAGGAGAAUUCUGAAUGUCUUAAUUUUUACUGAAUAUCAGACCAAAGAUGAUAAUUAUGUAUACUGGCCCUCAUGCCUUUUUGAAAAGCUGAAUUGUUUUGAAUUGCUGGCAUAAAUUAGACACUUCAACAGGUUGGUGUAUGUUGUCUUGCAUCUUUUAUACUGCUUUGGAGGAAGUGUGUGUUUUGCAUAAUUAAAAAUUCUUUUAAAGUUGUUUUAAGCAAUGAAUAUCUGAAGGGAAUGCAGACUGAAGAGCUGGGAGGAGGCUUUUAGCAAGAUGUAUUUCUGCUGAUGUUACAAAGUGGGAGUGCAAACAGACUGCAAAACAUGAAGAUGUAUACCAAACUGUACUGAGCUGUAUAUAAUUGAAAUAAACAUAUUUUAUACUUCAAAA